GGCGGCGCCGACGUCGGCGCCGGCGCCAGGCGCUGCCUCCAGUUUCCCGAGCUGGUUCCCAUGGCUGCCCGAAUGGCUGGGGCUCUUCCUGCUGGCAGUGGCCGCUGGAGCCCUGGUGGCCGCCCUGCGCGGCACACCUCUCUGGACGUGGCCUCCACAGGCUGACGGCGAGGCGUCGCCAUCGAGGAGGAAAUCUCGGCAGAAGCCAGCCGCCGAGAAGCGGUGGCGCGGUAGCCCGAGAUCUCUAGAGGCGAAUGACAGGUCUGCUGCUGCUUUCCAGGCCGACCUCGCCCCACUCAUUGACAAGGACGGCACGGACGAUCGCAUGGACGAACGCCUGGACUCCAUGUUGUUGGCCACCAUGCCAGCCAGGACGCCGCUGGAGGCCUCGAGGGUGCCAUCCUGGGUGCUGGCCAGCCAAGCGCCGCCGGCGCAGCAGCCGCAGGCAUGGCUCGCAGGCCAGGCUGCGCAUCCCGACGUCCCUGCGAACGACGCGGCUUCGCCGCAUGAUUACCAGGUGACGCCGAUGCGGAUGCGCACGCCGUCCCCAUAUGGAGCCGCUAGAGCCCAUAUGAAGCCGCCCGUGUGAGAAA